AUGGGUUCUCUCUGGUAUUGCUGCCGCUGCACCUUCGGGCCUCACAAUGCCUCCCUCCACGAAGCCUGCAUUCAGUGCGGCACACCUCGCUGCUCUCGCUGCACCGAGCAGAAGGUCUCUGACAGCCUGACCUUGCACUCUCACAACUACGAAGCUACAUCUGCAUACCCAGCUGUCGUGCCCAUGAGCUCUCCUCCAACGCCAACCUUCAAGCCUAUGGCCAUGGGCAUUGAUGUGCCAGAGCUUCCCCGUCUAAAAGCUCUUCCACGGGCAGACUGCACAGACAUCUCCUCGACCUCACUAUACGGUACACGGACUCAUGGCGAGACCUACUUGUACAUCUGCUGCGCAUGCAACGACGGUCCCAAGAUCUACAAUCACCAGCCUCGAUGUGUCGAAUGCGGCCACGUUUCCUGCGACCGUUGCGUCCACGUCAAGUGA